GCGGCCAGACAUGCGGGAUGCCUCUUUCAUUCGAGUUUUGGCAGACAUAUUUGCUCGCCGACGACGGCGAUCUCCUGAAUACGAACUUAUUUUGGGCAGCUCCAGUAUAUUGUUACAAUGACCUUUCCUGCGGUUGAGGCACUGCAAGUCCGGAGAUCUGAAAGCAUAUUACUUGCGGCUGUUAAGACGUGCAUUAUAGAAGCAACAGAUUCAUUGGAUGUGCCGUAUUACUCGAACCUUAGCGCGAUGGAAGUCGUGGACAUGACAUGCGUUCAAUGCGUUGUUCGGAGGGCGAAGAUUAACAAUAGAUGGGCAAUAAUCGACAGGAGUGGGAACUUAGCUCGAGCCAUCUAUGAUGGUGACACAUCUGUUGACUGAUUUAUU